GCUGAUAUGGCCGUAGCACCUUUAUCUUCUACAGCAGAGCGUAGGAAAGCCAUCAAAUUCUCCUAUCCAUAUUAUCUAGAAUAUACUACUGUGAUACUUCAACCACCGGAUCCUAACGAUACCAAAUGGAAAACGUUUCUAAAGCCUUUUACCUACCAUGUACUUAUAUGUGUUGCCGUGUCGUUGUUUUUAGGGACUUGCAUACUAUAUUUCAUAGAAAAUUCAAAUCCGUUCUACGAGUGUAAUACAGGCAACGACAUACAAAGUUUUUCAGAUGUAUUUUGGUAUCUGUAUGGUGCUCUUUUAACUCAAGGAGGUGAAAGUUUACCAACAUCUUUAGCUGGUAGAAAGUUUAUAGGUUUCUGGUGGUUAUUUUGUAUUAUGUUAGUCGCUACCUAUAGUGGUAAUCUGGUAGCAUUUUUAACUAUAAGCAGAGUAGAGGUUCCGUUCGAUACACUAGCUGGGAUGUCUCAACAAUCAGAUUAUAAAUGGGGGACAUUAGGUGGUUCAGCUUUUACUACAUUAUUCUUGGUAAGUUUUCAA